AUGCGAGCCCCGGGUGCGCGUGGUGACGAAUGGGCGUCGAAGGGGGUGGGGGCCAGGCCCGCGUUCCCUCCUCCCCGUCCCCGGGGACCCCGGGCGCCCCGUGUCGCCGGAAGCCGCAGCGCCGACCCGUCCCCGGGGACCCCGGCCCCGUGUCGCCGGAAGCCGCAGCGCCGACCCCUCCCCGCGCGCCCGCCGCCUUAUCUGGGCGCCUGCAGGGCCUCGCGGAGUGGCGGCGCGCGGGGAGGGACGCGGGGCGGUGGCAUGGGCCGGGGGCCCCGGGGCGAGGGCCGCCUGCCUGGCCGCCUGCUGCCGCUCCUGCUGCUGCUCGGCCUGGGCCACGGCGCCACCGGAGCACCGCUCGCUGACGACGUCUGUGCCACCUGCCAUGAACAUGCCACAUGCCAGCAGAGAGAGGGGAAGAACAUCUGUAUUUGCAACUAUGGAUUUGUGGGCAACGGGAGGACCCAGUGUGUUGAUAAAAACGAGUGCCAGUUUGGAGCCACUGUUGUCUGUGGGAACCACACGUCCUGCCACAACACACCCGGAGGCUUCUACUGCGUUUGCCUGGAAGGCUAUCGAGCCACGAACAACAACAAGACAUUCAUCCCCAACGACGGUACCUUCUGCACAGACAUAGAUGAGUGUGAAGUUUCUGGCCUAUGCAAGCAUGGAGGACGAUGUGUCAACACGCACGGGACCUUUGAAUGUUACUGUGUGGAUGGAUUCUUGCCAAGGAAUGGGCCUGAACCUUUCCACCCUGGCAGAGAUGCUACGUCAUGUGUAGAAAUAGACUGUGGCACUCCCCCGGAGGUCCCAGGUGGUCACAUCACAGGAAAGUACACAUCCAGACCAGGAAGCCAGGUUCACUAUGCUUGCAAAGAAGGAUUUUUCAGCAUUCCAGAAGAUACAGUCUCCAGCUGCACAGUCCUGGGCACAUGGGAGUCCCCAAAAUUAUAUUGCCAAGGUGAGUUUUCAAACGGUUCAGGCUCGCAGUGGGACCAUCUUGAGAUCACUUUCAUAUUUCUCUCUAAGUUUCACUUGGAACAGUAAUUGCACUGAGUAAAUCCCUUUUUGU